CACCUGCUCUUAUAUGUUAUAAAGGCUCAAGCUGCUUCAUGGUCUGGACAAUCCUUCUUGGUCAGAAUCCUUCAACUGUCCAACCAGCUGAAAGAAGACUUUAACGUGAUCAUGGCUGUGGUCAACCAACCAGGCAAAUAUGAAACUUCUGAAUUCCAGACAGGCGUGUUAGAUUGCUGUGAUGACAUUGGAAUUUGCUGCUUUGGCUAUUGGUGCUACUGCUGCCUCGGCUGUACCAUUGCCAGUGACAUGGGCGAGUGUUGCCUGUGUGGUCUGGGCAUGCCCAUCCGUAGCGUCUACAGGACCAAAUAUAACAUCAAGGGCUCCAUGUGUAACGAUUUUAUGAUGGCCAUGUGCUGCCCCGUCUGCACCACCUGCCAGCUGAAGAGAGAUAUCAACCGGCGCAAGGAGCAGGGCAUUUUCUGAAAGAGUAACAGUCUUGUAAACUCUCUAAAAUGUAUUUUACAAAAUAUUAAUGGCAUUCAUGUUCUGAU